GCACCGAUGAGAGAUCCAGCCUUCCCAGGGACUGCCAUGGCUUACCACCCCUUCCACGCACCCCGGCCGGCUGACUUCCCCAUGUCCGCUUUCCUCGCAGCCGCCCAACCUUCAUUUUUCCCCGCUCUGGCUCUGCCUCCGGCGGCGCUGGCAAAGCCCAUGCCAGACCCCGGGCUGGCCGGGGCGGCCGAGGCCGGGCUGCACGUUUCAGCCCUGGGACAUCAUCACCAAGCCGCCCAUCUCCGUUCCCUUAAGAGCCUGGAACCCGAGGAAGAAGUCGAAGACGACCCCAAAGUCACGCUAGAAGCCAAAGAGCUUUGGGACCAGUUUCACAAGCUGGGCACCGAGAUGGUGAUCACCAAAUCUGGGAGGAGGAUGUUCCCCCCGUUCAAGGUGCGGGUGAGCGGUCUGGACAAGAAGGCCAAGUACAUUUUGCUGAUGGAUAUAGUGGCGGCUGACGAUUGCCGGUACAAGUUCCACAAUUCCCGCUGGAUGGUCGCCGGCAAGGCCGACCCCGAGAUGCCCAAGCGCAUGUAUAUCCACCCGGACAGCCCAGCCACCGGCGAGCAGUGGAUGGCUAAACCUGUUGCCUUUCACAAGCUCAAGCUCACCAACAACAUCUCGGACAAACACGGCUUUACCAUCCUGAACUCCAUGCACAAGUACCAGCCCAGGUUCCACAUAGUCCGGGCCAACGACAUCCUCAAGCUGCCCUACAGCACCUUCCGCACCUACGUGUUCCCCGAGACUGACUUCAUCGCUGUCACUGCUUACCAGAAUGACAAGAUCACCCAGCUGAAAAUCGAUAACAACCCUUUCGCCAAGGGCUUUCGGGACACUGGCAAUGGCCGGCGGGAGAAGAGGAAGCAGCUCUCGCUGCCGUCGCUGCGGAUGUACGAGGAGCCCUGCAAACCCGACCGUGACGGCGGAGAGUCGGACGCCUCCUCUUGUGAGCCCUCAGCCGUGCGCGACACCCUCCACUCACCCGUGGGCACCCUCCCUAGCCCCCUGCGCCUCAAGGGCAGCAGCAGAGAGGAGAAGCCAGGGCCCGACAGCGAUGCUGAGGUGGAGAAGGUGCCUGAGGAGCGGCCGGUGGCAGUGGCCAGCCCUGGUGGGGAGGACAUGACGCCCCACAGCAGCCCCCGGCGCCCAGAGGAGAGGAGCAAGGACAGACACAGCCCAGAGAAAGUCAAGGACAGUGUGUCCCCCCGGGAGGGGCCUGGGGAAGGCCUGUUUGGCACACGGGGCCUGGAGAAGGACAAAGUGGAAGGACGGAGGAAAGAGCAGGACUCUGGCAAGAAGGACACAGAGGGCAGCGGGCUGGGCAAGGAAGCCUUUGCACCGCUGAUGGUGCACACGGACAGCCCCCCUCACCUGAGCGCUGGGCACCUGCAGAGCCUGGCACUCUCUGGCCUCCAUGGGCAGCAGUUCUUCAGCCCUCUGGGUGCCGGGCAGCCCCUCUUCAUCCACCCGGGACAGUUCGCCAUGGCCCCUGGCGCCUUCUCUGCCAUGGGCAUGGGACACUUGCUGGCCUCGGUGACUGGUGGGGGCAGCCUGGAGAAUGGAGCCCUCUCUUCUGCACCAGGUGCAGCAGGGACAGCUGCCCCCUUCCCUUUCCACCUCUCCCAGCACAUGUUGGCCUCUCAGGGAAUCCCGAUGCCCACCUUCGGCGGACUCUUCCCCUACCCCUACACCUAUAUGGCGGCAGCAGCAGCGGCUGCCUCAGCCAUGCCAGCCACCAGUGCAGCAGCAGCAGGGCCACUCUCCCGCAACCCCUUCCUGAGCAGCAGCCGUCCCCGUCUGCGCUUCAGCCCCUACCAGCUCCCAGUCACCAUCCCACCCAGCACCAACCUGCUGACCACAGGCCUGCCGACCAGCCUCAACACCGGCUCUGAGGGCUCCAAGGCUGGCAGUAGCCGGGAAUCCAGCCCCCUCCCCGAGGUGCCCUUGCAUAAGGGGAGCAGCCAGCGUCCUGCCGCAUCCCCAAAAGGCUCCCUGAAGGAGUCCCUCAACGAACUGCAGAACAUCCAGAGACUGGUGAGCGGGCUGGAGAGCCAGCGGGAGCUGUCACCAGGCAGGGAGUCCCCCAAGUGA